AUGAAAGUAUUUUAUCGCAAAAAGAACGAGAGUGUUAUUAAUCAGAAGCGGCUUCCUAUUGAAGGAGAAAGCGAGCCAGCUUUCAAGAUUGCCUAUUACAUUAAAAUAGAGGAGAACAUUGAUGAUAAUUUGAAAGUCUAAAUCUUUGAUAACAAGACCUCUUAGUUGUUCAAUGAUAAUGAUUUGAUACCUAAAGAUUCAUUCCUGGAGUAUGAGGUAUUAACACCCGAGUAAAUGCUCUAGCAUCAAAGAUAAGCUCAAUAGUAGUAAGCUCUUGAAGCUGCUGCCUCAAAGCUACAAGGCAAUCCACUAUUAGUUGGACUGAAUCAACAGAUUGCUUAGACAUAAGAUUAAGCUCAGCAGGAAGCAAAGCCAUAGGAUUAAAACAACUUUUUGAACAUCAUGAACGAGAAUAAGAAGAAGACAGAGCUUCAUGUAAAGCACAGAAAUUAAAUGGCUGUGGCUUAGAAUGAAGGCGUAUCACAUUCAAACCCAUAGAGAAAUUACAACAAUUUCAAUUAGGCGAAUAACCAAGUUCUUAAUAACCCAAUGUUCGAGUCAUUUAGAACAUAGAAGUUUGAGAUCCACAAAAAUUACAGAUGUCAGAGAUGUCAAUAACCAGGUCAUCAUAUCAAAGAGUGUCCAACCAAUUCCGAUCCAACUUAUGAUCCCUAUAAAGGUAAAGGCUAACCUAAAGACUAAGCCUGGAAGAGAGAUCUUGGCAUAAAUAAUCAAGAAUUCUUAGACAAUAAGCAUAAGGUUUUCAGGGAGAUCAUUAAAGAGAGUCGUAUUUAUGGCGGUUAAUUUGACAUAAAAAAGUUUAAAUAAUAGCAGUCAAAUCCAAGUGAUGUCUUCAAUGUUACUACUGUUUAGGGCUAGAAUAUCGGUAGUAGUUUGAAGUCUAAUUGGAGAGAAUAAAUCCCUCCGUCUCUUGUUUGCCAAAUCUGUAAGGAUCUGAUCAAAAGGGCUUCCCUGACCAAAUGCUGCGCUUUCUCAGGAUGUCAAAAAUGCCUGCAACAAAAAUUGAUUGAAAGAUAAUUCCAGUGUCCCUAUUGCAAGUCAGUCAAUGUCUACGCUGAAGACAUUAUACCAAACUAACAACUAAGAUUGGUAGCUGAAUGGUUCUCAAGAUAAAUGCUCAUCCAAGAUAAAGUAGAAGAGAUUGAGAUUAAGAGAACAAGUAAUUAAGACAAGGAUGAGAUGAUUUACAUGAUUAGUAAAAUUGAGUAAACUUUUCAGAGCCAUGAUUAGAUGCAAUAAUAGCAGAGGAUGCUUCUCUAGCAGCAAUAAGAUUUAUAGAAUUAGCACUAUGAUUCUGACUCGUAAUCGUCUCAAGGUGAGGGUUCUUAGGAUUAGCACCUGCAAGUAAAAGAAGGUGACAUCGACCUUAACUCUAAUCAGGAUUUAAAUAAUCAAAUUAUGUUAAAGGGUGCUGUUGAUCCAGCAAACCCUCUUAAAUUCAAUCCCUAACUUCACUCAGGCACUAAGUUUGACCCAGCUUUAGGUCGAAGAGUUCCCGUAACUGACCCAAAUGAAUUGCCUAAAAUAGGGGGUGCUAGUAAUACUCAGAACAUUAAUGAUUUAUAAACUUAAGCAAGGUUCUAUUAGAUGUAAAUGAUGUAGCUUAUGCAGUAGAAUAUGACGCAGGCUUAAAUGAUGGGAAGAUACUAAUUUUAAGGCGCAAAUUACCCUGGUUAAAUAAUGAUGGAUCAUAAUGCUGGUAUGAUAAAUCCCAAUGGGGCAUCUGGCAAUCACUUUGAUAGAGAUCAUGGCUAAGGGAGAAGAAGAAGCAGGUCAAGAUCUGAUGGAGACAGAGCCAGAAACAAAAAGAAGAAGAGUAAGAAGCAUUGA